GCACUGGGUGCGCGCCUGCGUGGUCUGCGUCUUGGUGGUUCUCCCCAUACGUUCUGGAGGUUCGAUCUGAUCCCUUGGUCUUUUGGCGCCCAGCAAGUACACAAAAAACACUUCGCCUCGAACCAUGAAUCUCGACAUCCAGUGUCAGCAGCUGAGUGAUGCCCGGUGGACGGAGCUCCUGCCUCUGAUCCAGCAGUACGAGGUGGUCAGGCUGGAUGACUGUGGCCUCACGGAGGUGCGCUGCAAGGAUAUCAGCUCUGCCCUCCAAGCCAACCCCUCCCUGACCGAGCUGAGCCUUCGCACCAACGAGCUGGGUGAUGCCGGUGUGCACCUGGUGCUCCAGGGCCUGCAGAGCCCCACCUGCAAGAUCCAGAAGCUCAGCCUCCAGAACUGCUGCCUAACCAAGGCUGGCUGUGGGGUCCUACCUGAUGUGCUGCGCUCCCUGCCCACCCUGCGGGAGUUGCAGCUCAGUGACAACCCGCUGGAGGAUGCGGGCCUGCGGCUGCUGUGCAGAGGACUCCUGGACCCCCUGUGCAACCUUGAGAAGCUUCAGCUAGAGUACUGCAACCUGACGGCCGCCAGCUGUGAGGCCCUGGCCUCGGCGCUCAGGGCCAAGCGGCACUUCAGGGAGCUCGUGCUGAGCAACAACGAGGUCGGUGAGGCUGGUGUGCGGGUGCUGUGUCGGGGCCUGGUGGACUCUGCCUGCCAGCUGGAGGCGCUCAAGCUGGAGAACUGCGGCCUCACGUCGGCCAGCUGUGAGGACCUGUGUGGUGUCGUGGCCUCCAAGCCCUCGUUGCAGGAGCUGGACCUGGGUGACAACAAGCUGGGUGACCAGGGCAUCGCCACGCUGUGCCCCAGCCUGCUGCACCCCAGCUGCCAGAUCAGGGUCCUGUGGCUCUGGGACUGUGACAUCACCACCGCGGGCUGCAGAGACCUGUGCCGCGUCCUCGGGGCCAAGGAGAGCCUGAAGGAGAUGAGCCUGGCGGGCAAUGUGCUGGGGGAUGAGGGUGCCCGGCUGCUCUGUGACAGCCUGCGGGAGCCUGGCUGCCGGCUGCAGUCCCUGUGGGUGAAGUCCUGCAGCUUCACGGCCGCGAGCUGCCAGCACUUCGGCACGAUGCUGACCCAGAACAAGCACCUCGUGGAGCUUCAGCUGAGUAACAACAAGCUGGGGGACUCUGGCCUCCAGGAGCUCUGCCAGGGCCUGAGUCAGCCUGGCACCACGCUGCAGGUGCUCUGCCUGGGGGACUGCGAUGUGGCCAACAGUGGCUGCGCCAGCCUGGCCUCACUCCUGCUGGCCAAUCGCAGCCUGCGGGAGCUGGACCUCAGCAACAACUGCAUGGACGACCAGGGCAUCCUGCAGCUGAUGGCGAGCGUGGAGCAGCCGGGCUGCACGCUGGAGCAGCUGGUUCUCUACGACAUAUACUGGAGCGACGAGACGGAGAACAGCCUGCAGGCUCUGGAGGGGCGCAAGCCCAGCCUGAGGAUCAUCUUCUGAAACCCGGCCCCUCCCCGGGGCUCUCCCGCUGGUGUCCUAGCUUUGAACGAAGAGAAACGCUCUAAUAACUCGCUUCUGCAAGAAAGUUUUAGAUACUUUAUUAAAGCACUUGUUUUGGCAA